GCGGCGCAGGCGGCGCUGGGCGAGUACAAGGACAGCGCCUCGCGGCUGCACCAAUGGGUGCGUCAGCAGACGUCGCGCAUGCAGGAGCGCAGCCUGCCGCCGUCGCUGCCCGAGCUGCGCGACCUUCACGCACAGAGCAAGGCGUUCAAGACGCACGAGAUGCCGCCCAAACAGCAGGAGAUGGGGCGCCUGCUUCGGUUGUACCAGGACCUGGAGCGCUCACACCACGACCUGGGCAAGAUGGACCUGCCGCCCGAGCUGCAUAUCUCGCUGCUGGACCGCAACUGGGGCAUCAUGAUGAAGACCUACCAGGAGCGCCACCAGCAGAUCGAAGACGAGCUAAGCCGCAUGGAGCGGCUCCAGCGGCUUGCUGACAAGAUCCAGCGCGAUAUCCGAGCAACCGACCGACGGCUGAACGACGUGCAGCAGACCAUCCGCGACGAGGCCAAGCGACUGCCCAAGAUGAAGCCCAAGGACGCCAAGAUGCACGUCGAAAAGAUCGACCUGGAGCUGGCACAGAUCGAGGAGACGAUCAAGGGACUCUUCUCGGACGUUAACUCGCUGCAGGAGGGCCGCCACCCGCAGGCGCCAGAGUUACCAUAA